AUUUUCAAGGCGUGGCUGAUGUCCCCCUUCCUCCACGUAAACAAACGCUUCCUUUAAAGAUGUCUGAGGGCCGUGAAGAAAAGUUGCAUCUCCACCCAAUGACUGUAAACUCAGGCUUUAAUGACAGCCCAAUUCCCUCACCAGAUGAAGGCAUCGAGGAGGAUAAGGCUGUGAUAGAAGAGGAGAAGGCCAGACCCAUCCCGAUUCUUUUGGCCAAUUUGGAUGAGCACACGUUUCAGCUGGACACGGCUGCGCUGGAGAAGAUCCUGCUGCAGGAUCACGUGAAGGACCUGAAUGUGGUGGUUGUGUCUGUGGCCGGAGCGUUUCGCAAGGGCAAGUCCUUCCUGCUGGACUUCAUGCUGCGCUACAUGAACAAUCUGCACAGUGACACAUGGAUGGGAGGCGAUGAUGAUCCGCUGACGGGGUUCAGCUGGAGAGGAGGCUGCGAGAGGGAGACCACAGGAAUCCUGCUCUGGAAUGAAGUGUUUGUGGUCGACAAGCCAGAUGGCAGCAAAGUUGCUGUGCUCCUCGUUGACACUCAGGGAGCAUUCGACAGCCAGUCCACCAUCAAGGACUCUGCCACCGUGUUCGCCCUCAGCACAAUGACCAGCUCCGUUCAGGUGUUCAACCUUUCACAGAACAUACAGGAGGAUGAUCUGCAGCAUCUGCAGCUCUUCACAGAAUACGGCCGCYUGGCAAUGGAAGAUAUUCACCUGAAACCUUUUCAGUCCCUAAUGUUUCUGAUUCGAGACUGGUGUUAUCCUUAUGAUUAUGAGUAUGGACUGGAAGGAGGAAAUGCUUUCCUGGAUAAAAAGCUCGAGGUUAGAGAAAAACAACACGAAGAGCUGCAGAAUGUGAGGAAGCACGUUCAUUCCUGCUUCUCCACCAUCAGCUGCUUCCUGCUGCCACAUCCUGGCCUGAAUGUGGCCACAAACAGGAACUUUGAUGGCAGGCUGAGAGACAUACAGGCUGAUUUYAAAACAGAGCUGGCAGAGCUGAUCCCUCUCCUCCUGUCCCCGGAUCGAUUGGUAGAAAAGGAGAUUGCCGGGAAGAAAGUCACCUGUGGAGAACUUGUGGAGUAUUUCAAGUCCUACAUCAAGAUCUACCAAGGCGAUGAGCUCCCUCACCCGAAGUCUAUGCUGCUGGCGACAGCCGAGGCCAACAAUCUGACGGCUGUGGCAAGAGCCAAAGAGACAUACAGCAAAAACAUGGAGAAGGUUUGCGGAGGGGGCCGGCCCUACAUGGCGCCUGCUGACCUGGAGUGCCGCCACAAGGAGCUGCGCGACGAAUCUGUGACCUUAUUCCGCUCCGUGAAGAAGAUGGGAGGCGAAGAGUUCUGCCAACGCUACCAAACGCAGCUGGAGUCCGAGCUGGACCAGGCCUACGUCAACUUCGCCAAGCAGAACGACGGCAAAAAYAUCUUCUACGUGGCGCGCACUCCCGCCAUGCUGUUCGUGGUCAUGUUCGUCACCUACAUGAUCUCCGGCAUAAUGGGCUUUGUGGGCCUGAGCACUCUGGCUUUCCUGGCCAAUCUGGUGACGAGCGUGGCGCUGCUGCUGCUGUGCGUCUGGGGAUACGUCAAGUAUUACGGAGAGUUUCUGGAAGCCGGAGAGAUGAUAGACCUGCUGGCUGAUGCACUCUGGGAAGAGGUUCUGAAGUCACAAAUCGAACAUUAUAUGGAGGGGAACGUCCGACAGACAGUGGUUAACUCUAUCAGAGCCAGCCUAACAGAAACAGGCUCCAAGCAGACCAAGUUAAAGACUCACUGACCAUCUUCACCCCUCAACGUGCUCAUCGCCCACACACUGUCCAGCUGUAGAACUGUGGACUUAGUUCAACACCAAAGCUGACCUUUUUAUUUUUUUACUACAUUUUUCCCUGAAGGACUUGUCUUUACCCCAGUUUUUGUCUGUAGCAGACCUGUAGCCAUGGCCCCGCCCCCCACCGUGCCUCACAUUACCUGCUGCACCUUUACGAGGACGAAACAAAGAAGCCAUCGUGUUGCCAACACGCCGACCUGCAGGAGCCUCGGCUCUGACUCACGUUCACAUGUUUAAUGUUGAGCAGCUGCAGUUGUUUCCAGAUGAAGCAGCUACUGAAGGAAAACUGACACCUCUGCGAGCAGCUGCUAACACGGGCUGUAAGUGCGUGUGUGGAAUUACUUUUGCCUUAAGGCCAGUUUACUUCCUAUUCAGAUGGUUGACUUUUUAUGAAUGAGAACAGAAGCUGGAUUACAAUCAGUUUAUCUACAACGCUGAAUCAAAACAGGAAAUUAGUUGAAGCUGUAUUUUAAUUUGUUACAUUUAAUCUGCAUUUGAAACACUACUGGGUGAUGUAUAUAAUCAAACACCUGGGCUCAGGUUGCUUCUAGGUCUUUGCGUCCAUUUUAAGUUUGUGACGAAUAACUAAAGAGCUGCUUGUAGUUUUUAUGUUUUUAAUUGUAGAAACUUUGUGUCUUGUAGUGGACCUGCCAGUGUUCAGCUCUGUAUGCUGCUCAAAAGAUUCAGUAAUUUAAAGUUUUUGUUUAAAUUUUUUUUAAUCUAUGCCUUUUAUAAAAACUGCUUCGGCUGKUAGCUUUUCUUUUCUCUGUCUUUCUCUAGAAUCUGAUAUUUUUAUUCAUUCAUGUCUUUUUUUUUUUGUUGCUUUUUAAAGCAUAAAAUCUUUGUUCAAAUCCGAACAAACUGAGCUUUAGAGGUUUUUAACUUGGAUCAGCUCUAUUUUGAUAGUUUCCUUAUCUUCGUGUUAAACUAAAACAAGCAGCUGGAGCUUUAAGUUGAGAUCUGGCCUCAGCUCAGUGUCCAAUGGUUCCCUGGACCUGAUCUGUGAUUCUACUUCCUGCAGUGGUUUUAGUGCUGGAACUGGAAUCAUUUACUGCACAAAAGUAAUUUAUUUUGUUUUAGUUUGUUGCACUAGUGUGUCCUCAUUGGGUUGCUUCCAUUCAUGAUUUCUUCUGAUUCUUUUCUUGUGCUCAUUAUAAGAAUCAGUCACAGUCGCUGUAUUUAAAUCAACUUUUUACACAACAUAAAGAGAACUCUCCAAUCUUCAGUUUGUUAAAGAAUAAAUCUCUGCUGUAAGUUUACGUUUGUUAUAAAAGAAAAAUAGCUGAGUCAUGGUGUGAAUCUUCAUAUCCUGCCUUUUAAAAUUCUCUAUGGUAAAAUCAUCUUUUGAUUAAAAUGUUUACCUUAAGAUUAAAUCGGGACAAUUC